AUGAAUCUACUUGAAGCAUGCAAUGCUCAGAGCUUGAUCAAUCUUUUCAAGCACAAGCAAGUUGAAGAUCCAAUGUUCUUUUACACAGUGCAAGCAAUGGCAAAUGCCAUCUCCACAAUUUUUCUUGGGACAUGCCAUUGUUUAUGGACAUGGCACAUAUCAAGAAAUGAAACACUAAAGUUGGUAAGUUACUAUGCCAUUCCGGAGUUUAAGAGGUUAUUCAACAAGUGUCUUAAAGGAGGUGAGGCAAAGUCUGAAUUUGAGUGUACUUGGAAUGAAAUGAUUUCAAAGUUUGACCUUGCAGAUAACACAUGGCUUAAGACCUUAUAUCAGUUUUGUGAAAAAUGGUGUCCAGUGUUUAGCCUAGAUACUUGA